AUGGACGAGCAGGUUGACCGUCUGGUCAAGAAGAUCUGGGCCAAAUACUGCUCCACCGCAGACAACGCCCGCCUCAUGAUCGCAGUCAGCGGCAUCCCAGGCUCCGGCAAAACCGAACUCGCCAGUACAACGUCCCAACGCAUCAACCAAAUCCACUUCUCCGAGAACCCUUCCUCCAAAACUCCCAUCGCCACUUCCCUCCCCAUGGACGGCUACCACCUAACCCGCGCCCAACUCUCCGCCAUGCCAGACCCAACGCACGCCUUCGCCCGGCGCGGCGCAGCAUUCACCUUCGACGCGCAUAAAUUCCUUCACCUAGUGCGCGCCCUCCGCGAGCCCCUCACGCCAGACACGAAACCCAUCUACGCGCCUAGUUUUGAUCAUGCGGUUAAGGAUCCUGUCGAGGAUGAUAUUGCCAUUGCGCCGACGACGAGGGUGAUCUUUUUCGAGGGCAAUUAUUUGAGUUUGAAUAAGGAGCCAUGGGAUUGUGUGGCGCGGUUGAUGGAUGAAUUGUGGUUUGUCGAGGUGGACUUUGAGGUUGCGAGGAAGAGGUUGGUUAGGAGGCAUGUUAAGGCCGGGAUUGCGGCGGAUGAGGUUCAGGCGGAUGUUCGGGUGAGGGAGAAUGAUUUGGUUAAUGGGAAGGAGAUUGUGGAGUAUAGGUUGCCGGUGCAGGAGGUGGUGUCGAGUAUUUAUGAUCCGGCUUGGGAGAGGUUGUAA